GAGUCAAAGAAUAGGGAUGCUAGCUCUAGCGUUUCACGACAAGGAGCUUUGCGAACUAGUCCUUCCGCCGACCGCAUCACAGUUGCCAUGACACUGGGAAUGUUUACACUUAAAAUCAUCGUUUAACAUUGAAUUCACUUUGUCAAGUUAGUUUUUCCGCAUAUAAAUUCAAUCGGGACCAAAUUAUGAGCCUAUCUCGCAAGUCUCGGCGGACACAUCAGCUGCGGGCCGCAGCGCCUGAGCCCACAGGAGGGACAUCUGCUGACCAGAAUGGGUCAGCAGAUACAUCGUUUGCCGAAGCAAUAAUCUCUCACAAGGCCGCCCAAAUUAAUCAAGCCCGCCGGAAAAAGGCAAAGUUAUUUCAGCAAUACCAGGCUAAGAUGACCUCCAGUGACCACGAUGUCACUGUAAUAUCUGACCCUGAAUCAACCAAAGGGAAGAUCAGCCUCACUGUGCAUGAAAAUGAGAGAGUUGUGCCAUUCACUGUGAGGAACUCUGGUACGAAGACCGUCUACUUAAAUUUAAUGGCUUCUACCUUCAUAAAGAACAUUUUCACACUCAGAGACUGUCAUGGAAACAUUAUCAAGACUGUCAAGAGACACGAUAUUGGACCAGGAGAAGCCUUCCACCUCACGGUCCAUUUCUGCUCUCACGACGCAGGCUUCUAUGACCAGUUACUGAUCUUUACGUUUGAAACUUGCCAGCAACCCUCAGAUAAAUUUGAAAUUAUGCGCCUCUUGGAAAUCACACGUCGGACAUCAGGUUUUGACGAUCAACCCCUUGCAGCCACAGACUCAUUGGAAAACUCUGAGAUUGUGGAGCCAACGUUUUCUGACUGUACUAACUGGGUGUCACUUAAGCCUGUGGUGUAUUUGAAAGGUUAUGGGAUGCCUAAAAAUAUAAAAGACUACAGGAAGUGGGACAGGGACUUGGAAAAGAAGCCUCUGAACUGGAAGAACUACUCCUGGAGAUAUAAACUGCUGCUUCAUCUCGAGGAGCACCAAAUGACGACAGAGAUCAAAAAAUACGACCAGAAAAAUGUGCAUCUGUCCAGACUAGCAGGCAGCAGUGACGUUCUCGUUAUGAAGAUCCCAAAUGACAUUACGUCACCAUUGAUCCUGUCAGGGGUCCAGGGAGUGGUGAAGCCCCUCAACCUGCCAGGAGAUAACAAACUUUACAGUGGAUGGUGUCGCCUCGCUGAUUCAUCGCACAUCUACUUGAAACUGAAGGACCAAAUUGACGCCAGGGAGGACACGAGGUAUAACGUUGAAUUCACCACUGACCGCACACCGCUGCGUUUCAAGCACAGAGCUGCAGAACUGGCCUGCAAGUACCAACUGAAGGAGGUGCUAUUCCCUACAGGACGCCUUUCUUCACACCGCUCACGUCUACACAAAAUAUCAAACACCGAGGUCAACCCAGAGCAGUGCAAGGCCAUUCAACACAUUGUCGCUUGUUCUGCAAAACCUGCUCCUUACAUUGUGUUCGGGCCACCUGGCACAGGCAAAACCAUAACUUUGGUGGAAUCCAUCAAACAGAUUGUGAAAUCACAAAGCCUUUACAAGAUCCUGGCUUGCGCACCCUCCAACAGCGCGACCAAUCACCUGUGUGAAAAGAUCCUGGAAGGAAACAUAGGCUGUGAGAGUGUGUAUCGCUUGUACGCCUUAAACUGCCCUCUGAGAAAGAUUCCCCAAACUUUAAGGUUUUGCUGCAACGUGGACUGGCACACAGAGUCCCUUGUGCUGCCCCCAAAACAAUAUCUGAUGAGUCGUCACAUCAUGGUCACCACUCUGAUAACUGCAGGAAGGCUCGUGACAGGAGGGAUUCCACCAGGUCAUUACACUUACAUAUUUGUGGACGAGGCAGGCCAGGCUACAGAGCCAGAGUGUUUAAUCCCAUUAGCAGGUUUACUGAGACCACAGACGUGUCAGGUAGUGCUGGCCGGAGACCCCAAACAGUUAGGUGCCAUCAUCACAUCUAGAUUAGCAGAGAAACAUGGUCUGGGUGUGUCCUUGCUGGAGAGACUGAUGAGUGAUGUCAAGCUGUACAAUUCACACGAAACGCAUGGGUUCAACUCACGCUUUGUCACCAAACUGCUGAGGAAUUACAGGUCCCAUCCUGCAAUUCUAAAAAUUCCCAAUGAGCUCUUUUACGAGGGAGAACUUCUGCCUUGUGCUUGUCAAGAGAACAAUUGGUACAGCAACUGGGAGCUGCUGCCCAAGAAAGGUUUCCCUGUGAUCUUCCAUGGAGUGGCAGGAACUAAUGAGUGUGACAAGAACAGCACAUCCAUUUACAACACAGCAGAGGUGGAGGUACUCAAGGAAUACUUAAAAUACCUUGUUGAGCAUCUCCACAAAAAAGCAGGGGAUGAAAUUGAACCAGGAGAAAUUGGCAUCAUUGCCCCGUACAGAAAACAAGUAGAGGUAAUCCAAAAGGCCCUCAAAACGGAUAAAUAUCUCACCAAGAAAAACUUAGAGAACGUAGUGGUAUGA